AGGAGGAGGAGGAAGAGAGACGCAGCUCUCAGGAAAGCCCGGCGGCAGGAGCAGCUGGUCAGCAAGCGGCUUCUGCGGGAGGACACUGGGGCAGAGGAGGGUGGACAGGAUGGAGCAGAGAGCGUGCCGGACCCUCUCUCAGAGGAUGAGGUUCUUCAGCUGCUCAGAGGAGUGCAGAGGGGUUCAGAGGACAGGAAACGAUCACUCAGCCGCCUCCGCUGGGCUCUGCAGAACAAGGAGACUCAACAGAAGUUUGUCAGGCUGGACGGCAGCAUCCGGACGCUCAUCGGGCUCUUCACCAGCAGCCUGGCAGACAUGCAGAUGGAGGCAGCCCGCUGUCUCCACGAGCUCUCCCACUCCAGUGACCCUGCUGUGGCUGAGGCGUGCCUGCCAGUGACCUCCUAUCUCCUCACCUACCUCUCGGGACACAGCGUAGAGUUCACGGAGCUGUGUUUGUACACGCUGGGGAACCUGGUGGUGGAGAGCGAAGCUGUGAGGAAGCAGCUUCUGCCUCAGGGCAUCAUCCCAGUGCUGGCAUCCUGCAUCCAGUCCCCCCACGAGGCUGUGCUGGAAGGUCUGGGCUACGUCCUCUCACAGCUCCUGCAAGCCAAGGAAGCCCCCGCAGAGAUCAUACCCUUGGUUCUGGACUCUGUUCUCCCCCAGCACAUGCUUCGACUGGUUUGCUCCGGCCUCAAGGCUGGGACAGGAGCAGCCGUGGAGUUCGCGUGGUGUCUCCACUACAUCGUCUGUAGCCAUACAGCCAACGGGGCACUGCUGUCGCUGGGGGCCUUGCCUGCCCUCACCUCGCUUUUGCUGGACCUGGCUUCUGAAAUCCCCCAAGACGCCCCCGAAGGCCUGGAGCUGCUCGUCUGCCCGGUGCUGCGGUGCCUCGGCAACCUGCUGGCAGAGGAGACGGGCUGCGAAGUCCAGAUCCAAGACGAGCGCCUGCUCAUCGCCCUCUUCCUCAUCCUGCAGUGCUUCCUCCAGCAGCACCCAUUUAUCGUCCAGGAGUGUCUCUGGCUGCUGAACAACCUCACGGCGGACAAACCCUUCUUCUGCUCCGCUCUGCUCUCCCUGGACUUGCUCCCAGCCCUGCUGCAGCUCCUGCCGUGUUCCCAGUUGGCCCGUGUGUUGGUCCUGACAGUCCUGUGCAAUAUAGCAGAGAAGGGACCAGCCCACUGCCAGCUGCUGCACCAGCAGCCUGCCCUGCCCCUGCUGCUGCCCACCCUCACGCUGCCCGACCCUGAGGUGGUGGGACAGUGCCUGGAGCUGCUGCACCUCCUCUUCCUGCACUGGCCAGAGGCUGCUGCUGACUUCGUCAGGCAAGGCGGGCACCAAGCCCUCAAGCAGCACCAGAGCACCCCAGAACUGCAGGAGCGGGUGCGAGCACUGCUGGACAUGGUCGGGCAGCCCCUGGGAGCUGCCACCUUCAGCCCCUGCCAUGCCACGUUGUCUGCCUUCUCCUAG